AAAAGUACUAAAAUGGAAAAUAAAUAAAUAAUAAAAAUAACAGCACAACCUGAUCAUUAUUUUCAGUCAUGAAGUUGUUUUUAAGGCAAAACAUGCCUUAUUGCCUUAAUUAAAUGAAAAGGUCUCCAAAUCUUGUAACAUGACAACAAAAUGGCUUAUACCACAUCUUUAAAAAAUAAAUAAAUAAAUAUAUGAUUUUAAUUCAUUUACACGACUUUUUUAUAUAAAUGAAUAAUGAUGAAACCAUGGAAAACUACUUUAGCUAACUUUUUAUUAUUAUUAUUAUUUAUUUAUUUAUUUUUUACAUUUUAGCCUUUUAAUCAUGUUUUUCCCUUCCAAUCUUACGAUCUCUGGACAGUUACACCACUACACAUUUGACAUACAGAAAAGCCAAACCAAAACUGUAAACUGUCAACUUUCAAUUCUUAAAAAAAAAAAAAAAAAAAAAAAAACGUGAUAGUAUAAUAUUUUAACAACAUAACAGAAAUCUUUUUUGCAAUCAAAUCAGGAAAAAAAAUAUUUAUGACAGCACAAACACUGAAAGAAAAGGUCACGUUUGCAGCCAGUGAAGAAAUGUGUUUUAUAUGAAAGAGGGCCUGUUCUGCUCUGAGCGCUGACUGGAUUGGGCAACAGGCCAAGGUGGAUUGGUCGUGAGUUUGCGAAGCCUACAGAGACGCUCCCCACCUCCCUUAAGUCUUGAGCAAGAGAUGCCAGUAUACCGCUUCUAUUAAAACGCUGAGAGCCACAGCAAUGUCGGAUUUAAUAACUGAUGAGACUUUACCAAACCUCAACGCGUUUCUACAGGCAGAUCCGUAUAUACGACACUAUGAGGGAGAGCUGCGCAAAAGAUACAAGCGGUUUGCAGAGCGCCUGGCACAGCUGGAGGAGGCGGAAGGGACCUUUGAUCGCUUCACACUGAGCUACCAGUCCUUCGGAAUUCAGCGGCGAUCUGACAACGCUCUGGUCCUUAGGGAAUGGGCCCCGGGAGCGGAGGCCGUCUUCCUGACUGGGGAUUUCAAUUCCUGGGAAAAACAGUCUCACCCUUUCACACAGAAAGAGUUUGGGAAAUGGGAACUAUACCUCUCUCCGAAAUUGGACAAAUCUCCUGUCAUCAAGCACCUGACUAAACUCAAGCUUGUGGUCCUGACCAAAACAGGUGAAUAUCUGUUUCGGAUCUCUCCUUGGGCCAAAUAUGUCACAAAAACGCUGGAUUCUGUCACCUAUGACUGGACCCACUGGGACCCUCCACAACCAUACCAGUUCCAGCACCCCAGACCCCCACGGCCCAGCAGUCUUCGUAUCUACGAGGCCCAUGUGGGCAUUGGUUCGCCUGAGGAAAAGAUUGCCUCGUACAAAAACUUCACCCGAGAUGUGCUUCCUCGCAUUAAGGAUCUUGGAUAUAACUGUGUCCAGCUCAUGGCAAUCAUGGAACAUGCCUACUAUGCAAGCUUUGGCUAUCAGGUUACUAACUUCUUUGCAGCUUCCAGCCGCUUUGGCAUUCCUGAUGAUCUGAAGCAUCUGGUUGAUACCGCACACUCCAUGGGAAUCACGGUUCUGCUGGACGUGGUCCACAGUCACGCCUCCAGUAACACAGAAGAUGGGCUGAAUUACUUUGACGGGACCGACUCCUGCUUCUUUCACGGAGGCUCCAGAGGGAACCACUCACACUGGGGCAGUCGACUCUUCAAUUACUCCAGCUGGGAGGUAAUGAGGUUCCUCCUCUCUAACCUGCGCUGGUGGAUGGAGGAGUAUCACUUUGACGGCUUUAGGUUUGAUGGCGUGACCUCAAUGCUGUACCACCACCAUGGCAUCGGCACAUCAUUUUCUGGGAACUACGGCGAGUACUUCGGAAUGCAUUUGGAUGAAAACGCGGUUGUCUAUCUGAUGCUGGCCAAUCACAUUUUGCACAUGCUCUACCCACAAUGCAUCACUCUAGCAGAGGAUGUAUCAGGGAUGCCAGGUCUGUGCAGGCCCAUUGAAGAGGGAGGACUGGGCUUUGAUUAUCGUCUGACCAUGGCCGUGCCAGACAAAUGGAUCCAGGUCCUGAAGGAAAUUCGGGACGAGGACUGGGAUAUGGGGAACAUUGUUUACACCCUGACCAACAGAAGGAGAGGGGAGGCAUCUGUCACUUAUGCUGAGAGCCAUGACCAGGCGUUGGUUGGGGACAAGUCACUGGCAUUUUGGCUGAUGGACAAAGAGAUGUACACCAACAUGAGUGCUCUCAUUGCCAUGACUCCUGUUAUAGACCGUGGCAUCCAGCUGCAUAAACUCAUCCGUCUCCUCACUCACAGUCUGGGAGGGGAGGGCUACCUCAACUUCAUGGGUAACGAGUUCGGUCAUCCAGAAUGGCUUGACUUUCCUAGGAAAGGAAACAACGAGAGCUACUAUUAUGCCCGUCGCCAGUUCAACCUUGUGGACAUUGAGCAUCUGCGAUACCGACAACUAUACGCUUUCGACCGUGACAUGAAUCUUACAGAAGACAAAUACGGCUGGCUGGCUGCCGGUCAGGCGGCAGUCACGACUUUGAAUCAAGCUGAUAAGGUGAUCGUAUUUGAACGCGCAAACCUGCUGUUUAUUUUCAACUUCCAUCCCUGCAACAGCUACAUUAACUACAGGGUGGCAGUGGAGCAUGCUGGGAAAUAUAAGAUCAAAUUGAACUCGGACGAGCUGCAAUAUGGGGGUCACGGGAGGCUUGUGCAGGACACAGAGUUCUUCACAGAGCCCAUGCCUUUCAAUGGCAGAGCCCAAUCAUUUCUGAUCUACAUUCCUUGCAGAACUGCUCUGAUUCUGGCAAAUGAGGACACUGAUUUCAGACAAUGAGGAGUAUGUGGAUGAAUGGAGCUGGAACUUGCAUCAUAUCCCAGAAUGCUGUGCAACCCUACAUCUGCAUAUGUUCAUAUAGCGAACACUGUUGUUGCCCCAUAGUUUAUAGUUCCAGUAUGAUUUUCUUUUGUUCUGUGAGCACAAAAGGAGUUAUCUAAUAAAAUGUCUGAGCUGCUCUUCUCCAUGCAAUUAAAGUUGGUUGUCUCUGGUCCCCAUCCACUUCUAUUCAAUUUCAUGGACAUUUUGCUAAAUUUUGGAUUUGGAACGAUGGGGUGAGUAAAUGGUGACAGAAUUUUCAUUUAAUCUUUUUUUUUUUUUUUUAAUUGUUAAAUGAGAGGGGGAAAUUAUACUUUCCUACAAACUGAAGGUUAUCGUAAUUUUAGAGUAGGGGUGUCCAAACUCGGUUCUGGAGGACCACUGUCCUGCAGAGAUUAGCUCCAUCUUUCCCCAACACGCCAUGCCUGGAAGUUAGUAUGCCUAGUAAAUUCUUGGGUGCAUCUGAAAUUGCAUACUCUCUUGAGAAGGUACUUAUUUUACAUAAGUAUUUACUUCAUGACCAAUAAAAAAGUAUGUUCUUUAUAGUAUGAAUGUGUGUAAUAUGAAUGUAAUUAGGACGUACUACUGUACAUUCGCUAUGCCGUCAUUAUCACGUGACCUACCAGCAUCAGUCACAAAUAAAGAGGAUUUGUGUCUCAUCACAAAUCCUCUCCCAUGGCCUCAUGGGAUAGUAAAGUGUCUAUGCUCACUUCAGAAUCUCACCAGAAGAAGUAGGUCAUCCGGAUACUUUUUUGCCUACUCUUUUAUAAAUACUGUUAAUUUCGACAUAUUUCUUUUGUCACAUACUGUUUUCCAUCUACUAAAUAGUAUGGAAGUAUGUCAUUUCAGACGCAGCCUUUGAUUAGCUGUUCAGGUGUGUUUAAUUGGGGUUUGGGCUAAACUCUGCAGGACAGUGUCCCUUCAGAAACAGGAUUGGACACCACUCUUUUAGAGGUUAAUGCAUUACAAAAACACAAAGAGAUUUUAAUGUGCUGUUUAACAUUCAUUCUAGAUGCAUUCUAAUUGGAUAUUGCUUGUGUUAUGACAUCAGCAAGGUCAGUUUGCUCUCUUUCUCUCCAUGUCUCUAUUCAUCCCACUUUCCCUCUUUCUCCCCAUAACCUUAUCCUGUCUUCACUUAGCCUUAAAUGCCUCCAAUCCAUGAUUCUGAUUUAGUGGGCCAUUAAAAAGUUUUACAGCACCAGCUGACAUCAUGGGCCAGUCGGAUGUGUUAGCGAAUAUGAAUCUCCUGGGCCUCGCGGAGAAUCUAGUGUCCUCUCCAGGGAAGAAGAAUUCCCUUGGAACAGAUCCCUUGGGUGUGAGGUCUCGGCAGCUGUUCUGACAGAACAGGAGACAAAAUUCCCACCUAGUAAUUACUCUAAUUAACACUUUUUUUCCCUUAAUGCAUUUAAUUAAAUUGCUUCGGUUUAAUCUAUCGCAGCACUUUAAUUUUGCCUGAGCUCUCAGCCCAAGCUUUUACACACUAAUAAGACAGUAUAUCAAUAUUUAAGACGUUCUUGUCCUUAUAGUGGAGUUAUAUUAGUAUAAUGGAUUGCUUCCACAAACAGCAGCCAGGGUGGUCAAAUAAACAUAAAAAACAACUGUGUGAGUGCAUGUACACUAAGUUGUGUGGGGGUCAUAUUGUAUGCUGUGAAAUAUUUUAUUUUUACUAGGUUUCAUUUUAUUUUAUAAUAUCUGUUCUGUUUUUCCUUCAAAAAUAAAACAACAUUUGAAUAAAGUCCAUUUUUAUGUGCAUUGCAAAAACAGUUUGGAACGACACAAGUAAC